AUGUGGAAGACACUGCGCCCGGUAGCCCGCGCCAUGAGCACGACGGCCAAGAAGGAGGUCAAGAUCAACAAGUACUCGGCGAUCCUCACGGAGCACAAGAGCCGCGGCGCGGCGCAGGCCAUGCUGUACGCGACCGGCAUCAAGGAGGAAGACAUCACGAACGCGCAGGUCGGCAUUGCGAGCAUGUGGUGGGAAGGCAACCCAUGCAACAUGCAUUUGCUGGACCUCGCCGGCGCCAUCAAGAGCGGCGUUGAGGCCGAAGGCCUCGUGGGCCUGCGCUUCAACACGAUCGGCGUCAGCGACGGCAUUAGCAUGGGCACGGACGGCAUGUGCUACAGUCUCCAGUCGCGCGACCUCAUCGCGGACUCGAUCGAGACGGUCAUGGGCGGCCAGUGGUACGAUGGCAACAUUUGCAUCCCGGGCUGCGACAAGAACAUGCCGGGCGCGCUCAUCGCGAUGGCCCGCCACAACCGCCCGUCCAUGAUCGUGUACGGCGGCACCAUCCGCGCCGGCUGCGGCGCCAACAACGAGAAGCUCGACAUUGUCUCCGCCUUCCAGUCGUACGGACAGUACAUUGCCAAGAGCAUUACGGAGGACGAGCGCAAGGACAUCCUCCGCAAGGCGUGUCCGGGUCCUGGCGCUUGCGGCGGCAUGUACACGGCCAACACCAUGGCCACAGCGAUCGAAGUGCUCGGCCUCUCGCUCCCGUACUCGUCGAGCUACCCGGCCGAGUCGCCCGAGAAGAUGCAAGAGUGCCGUGAUGCUGGCAAGGCGAUUCGGUACCUCCUCGAGCACGACAUCAAGCCCCGCGACAUCAUGACGCGGGCGGCCUUUGAGAACGCGAUUGCGGUGACGAUGGCCCUCGGUGGCUCGACGAACGCAGUCUUGCACUUGAUUGCGGUCGCCCGCGCGGCCGGCGUGCCGCUGACGAUCGACGACUUUGAGGUCAUCAGCGAGAAGGUUCCGUUCCUCGCCGACCUCAAGCCCAGCGGCAAAUACGUCAUGGAAGAUCUGCACAAGGUCGGCGGCAUUCCCGCCGUGUGCAAGUACCUCCUGGAGAAGGGCAUUCUGACCGGCGACGUGCUUACGAUCACGGGCAAGACGCUGGCCGAGAACGUCGCCAACGUCCCAGGUCUCUCGGACAACCACACGAUCAUCCACCCGGUCGAGUCGCCCAUCAAGGCGUCGGGCCACAUCCGCAUCCUGCGCGGCAACAUGGCGCCCGAAGGCUCUGUCGCCAAGAUCACGGGCAAGGAAGGGCUCCACUUCAAGGGCGAGGCGCGCGUCUACGACUGCGAAGAAGACAUGUUGAAAGCGCUCGAGGACGGCGACAUCACAAAGGGCCACGUCAUCAUCAUUCGCUACGAAGGCCCGAAGGGCGGCCCGGGCAUGCCCGAGAUGCUCACGUGCACGUCGGCCAUCAUGGGUGCUGGUCUCGGCAGCGACGUUGCCAUGCUCACAGACGGUCGCUUCUCGGGUGGCUCCCACGGCUUUAUCAUUGGGCACAUUACGCCCGAGGCCCAGGUCGGCGGCCCCAUUGCGCUCGUCCAGUCGGGCGACAUUGUCGAAAUCGACGCGGUCCAGAACCGCAUCGACAUCACCGGCGUCUCAGACGACGAGAUGGCGCUGCGGGCAAAGGCGUGGCGCGCGCCGCCGCUCAAGGCCACGCGCGGCACGCUCUACAAGUACAUCAAGAACGUCUCGUCGGCGUCGCUGGGCUGCGUCACGGACGAGUAA